AGUGUCUGAAUGUGGUCGCUUAUCUGUUACUGAUUGUCGCCUGUGCCUUUCAGGGAUCAACAGCUCUUCCAGCCUGGGGCAGAAAUGAGUCACUUCAAGAGACGUCUGAAUGCACUGAACCUGGAGGAAAACACAAAAGAAGAACAGAGAUCAGAAGGGUUUAGAUGGGGUGAAUGGCUUCUCAUCAUCGGCUCAAUAGUCUUCAUACUUGCAACCUUCCCCCUGUCCAUCUGGCUCUGUAUUAAGAUAGUCCAGGAGUAUGAACGAGCUGUUGUGUUCCGGCUUGGCCGUAUUCUCCAUGGUGGAACCAAAGGACCAGGUAUUUUCUGGUUUAUACCUUGUGUUGAUACCUUUCACGUUGUUGAUCUGAGGACUGUGUCAUUCUCUGUACCUCCUCAAAAGAUCUUGUCGAAAGACUCUGUGGCAGUUAUGGUGGAUGCUAUUGUCUACUAUCGCAUCUUCGAUCCUGUGAGGUCAGUGACUAGAGUGCAUAAUGUUUCAAAUAUUACUCACCUGCUAGCUCAGACGACCCUGCGCAACAUACUGGGCACCAGGAACCUGUCAGAUAUUGUAUCUGAGCAGGGGAACAUGGCGCAGCAGAUGGAGGACCUCCUGUUCGAAGCAUCGAAGGAGUGGGGCAUCAAGGUGGAGCGUGUGGAAUUCAAGAAUGUGAGGCUGCCAGUGGGACUGCAGAGAAUGAUGGCUGCAGAGGCUGAAGCUGUGCGGGAUGCCAGGGCAAAGGUAAUUGCAGCGGAGGGCGAGGUGAGGGCCUCCCACUCCCUCAAGGAUGCUGCCAUCGUCAUGUCAAGGAACCCUGUAGCCUUGCAGCUCCGCUACUUCCAUACCCUGGCUGAGGUGGCAUCGGAAAACAACUCCACCAUCUUCUUCCCGGUGCCCAUCGACCUCAUGGCUGGCUUGCUGAAGAAAUGAGUGGGGGAAAGCCGUGCAGAUUUGUCAGGAGUGUUGAAAGUGGUGUUUGUGUACGUUGCUUUGGGAAGGCAUGAGCCAUUUGGUUUGAAGAGUUUAACCACCCUCAGCAAAAGCUGGAUGUGGAAUUCUGCCAAAUUGCAUCCAUCAAUUGUCCCAGACAGUUUGCCGUUUAUUAGUUGACUUCUGUUGCACAUCCUGGGCACCCCUGCUUUUGAAAAUGGUCGUGUUCUCUGUGCCCACUCUGUACACAUUGGUGUUUUCAAACCUUUCAGUUCAGUCUCCCAAUCCUGGAUCACAGUCCUUCAGCCUAUACAAGGAAGAAAGUCAGGGAAACCUGGUAACACAGCACUGGUUAGUAAGUGAGAGAGAGAGAAAGGGGGAUCUCUCUAUCUUCCUCUUCCCUCUCUCUCCUCCCUUCUCUCUCUCCCCUUCUCUCUCUCCCCCUUCUCUCUCCCCCCUUCUCUCUCCCCUCUCUCCCCCCUCUCUCCCCCCUCCCUCUCCCCUCUCCCUCGCCCCCCCUCUCUCUCCCCCCUCUCUCUCCCUUUCCCACUCUCUCUCUCCCCCCUCCCUCUCCUCCGCCCACUCCUCCCCCCUGCCGGCCAUCAUACCAUGGCUCCACCCACAGGUCUCCACUCACCUUGGGCCUUGAAUGUUUAUUCAUCUGGGAAUCUUAGUGAUUCUCUCUGCUUCAGCAACACACACAAAAUGCUGGAGGAACCCAGCAAGUCAGCAUCUAUGGAAAUGAAUACACAGUCCUCAGACUCUCAGCCUGAACCAUCGGCUGUUUAUUCCCCUCCAUAAAUGCUGCCUGACCUGCUGAGUUGCUCCAACAUUUUGUGUGUUGCUAGAAUCUAGAAUCUGCAGAAUCUCCGGUUCUCACUGCUUGAAUUUUUCCCAGGAUGCUCACUUUACCCUGCCGUUAAUGAGGAGUGUGUACUGAGUGAGGUUCCAGUGUCCUGGAGGCUGACUCCUCUCUUCACCAGGCCUGCAGCGGUGUGUCCAAGCUUCCCCAGCGUUGUGCACUGAUUCAGCCAUUAGGACUCUCAACAAACAGAAUUGGGUGUGUGAAGAGAGCAACCGAAUAUCCCAGCCUCUCCCACACCAGCACAAUUUAUAUACCUCGAACUCAGGCAGCUACCUAAAGCUGAGUGGUGAAAUUGCUGGUUGUCUGUGGAGAAAUGAGUUACUAUAACAAUUGUUAAAGAGGAAGAACACAAGUGGCUUGUAAAACCGUUCUCAGUUUUUGCCAUGUCUCUGUAAUCACCACAGCCUCUGUCUGAGCCCUGACAAUCUGUUUUGUGGAAUUUACUGUUCCGACAUGUGUCUUGUGUUGCGUUCUUAUACGUUAAAUUUUCUGCCUUCUUUAGAGGUUGUUAAAUACAAUGUUUUUAAAAAAAUGAUAAUUAAAAAGUUC